GGUACAAUAUUUGCUUAUGGGCAAACGUCAUCUGGAAAGACACACACUAUGGAAGGGAAGCUUCACGACCCAGAUGGAAUGGGUAUUAUUCCAAGAAUAGUGCAAGAUAUUUUUAAUUAUAUUUACUCUAUGGAUGAGAAUCUUGAGUUUCAUAUUAAGGUGUCAUAUUUUGAAAUAUACUUGGAUAAAAUAAGGGACCUUUUGGAUGUUUCAAAGACCAAUCUUUCUGUUCAUGAAGACAAAAAUAGAGUUCCCUAUGUAAAGGGUUGCACAGAGCGUUUUGUAUGUAGUCCAGAAGAGGUUAUGGAUACUAUAGAUGAAGGCAAAUCAAACAGACAUGUAGCAGUUACAAAUAUGAAUGAACACAGCUCCCGAAGUCAUAGUAUUUUUCUUAUUAAUGUAAAACAAGAGAAUACUCAAACAGAACAGAAACUAAGUGGGAAACUGUACCUUGUGGACUUGGCAGGUAGUGAAAAGGUUAGUAAAACUGGAGCAGAAGGUGCUGUGCUGGAUGAGGCCAAGAACAUCAACAAGUCUUUGUCUGCUCUUGGAAAUGUCAUCUCAGCUUUGGCUGAAAGCAGUACUUACGUUCCAUAUCGUGAUAGUAAAAUGACCAGAAUCCUUCAAGAUUCACUAGGGGGUAAUUGCAGAACCACUAUUGUUAUUUGCUGUUCUCCAUCUUCAUACAAUGAAUCUGAAACUAAGUCUACUCUUCUGUUUGGCCAGAGAGCAAAGACCAUUAAGAACACAGUGUGUGUCAACGUGGAGCUCACUGCAGAACAGUGGAAGAAAAAGUAUGAGAAGGAAAAAGAGAAGAACAAGACUCUGCGUAACACCAUCCAGUGGCUAGAGAAUGAACUCAACAGGUGGCGGAACGGGGAGACUGUACCAGUUGAUGAACAGUUUGACAAGGAGAAGGCCAACUUAGAAGCUUUUGCAGUGGACAAGGAUAUUACUGUUAUUAAUGAUAAACCAGCUACCACCAUUGGAGUAACUGGCAAUUUCACUGAUGCUGAGAGAAGAAAAUGUGAGGAAGAAAUUGCCAAACUGUACAAACAACUGGAUGACAAGGAUGAAGAAAUUAAUCAGCAGAGCCAACUAGUAGAAAAACUGAAAACACAAAUGUUGGAUCAGGAAGAGCUUCUAGCAUCGACCAGGCGGGACCAAGAUAACCUGCAAGCAGAGUUGAAUCGCCUUCAGGCUGAAAAUGAUGCCUCUAAAGAGGAAGUGAAAGAGGUGCUACAAGCCCUUGAAGAAUUAGCUGUCAAUUAUGAUCAGAAGUCUCAGGAAGUAGAAGAUAAGGCAAAGGAAUAUGAACUGCUUAGUGAUGAACUCAAUCAAAAAUCGGUCACUCUGGCCAGUAUAGAUGCAGAGCUUCAGAAACUUAAAGAAAUGACCAACCAUCAGAAGAAACGAGCAACAGAAAUGAUGGCCUCAUUACUAAAAGAUCUUGCAGAGAUAGGAAUUGCAGUAGGAAAUAAUGAUGUCAAGCAGCCUGAGGGAACUGGCAUGAUAGAUGAAGAAUUCACAGUUGCGAGACUGUACAUCAGUAAAAUGAAAUCAGAAGUAAAAACAAUGGUAAAACGGUGCAAGCAGUUAGAAGGCACACAAGCUGAAAGCAAUAAGAAAAUGGAAGAAAACGAAAAGGAGUUAGCUGCCUGCCAGCUCCGUAUCUCACAGCAUGAAGCCAAGAUCAAGUCAUUGACUGAAUAUCUUCAGAAUGUGGAACAGAAGAAGAGACAGCUGGAAGAGUCUGUGGAUUCCCUUAAUGAAGAAUUAGUACAACUCAGAGCACAGGAAAAAGUCCAUGAGAUGGAGAAGGAGCACUUAAAUAAGGUUCAAACUGCAAAUGAAGUCAAGCAAGCUGUGGAACAGCAAAUUCAAAGCCAUCGUGAGACACAUCAGAAACAAAUCAGUAGCCUAAGAGAUGAAGUUGAUGCAAAGGAGAAGCUUAUCACUGAACUUCAAGACCAAAACCAGAAGAUGAUGCUUGAACAGGAACGUCUUAGAGUUGAGCAUGAGAAGUUGAAAGCGACUGAUCAGGAAAAAAGUAGAAAACUGCAUGAACUUACGGUUAUGCAGGACAGGCGGGAACAAGCAAGGCAAGAUUUAAAGGGUUUGGAAGAGACUGUGGCAAAAGAACUUCAGACUCUUCACAAUCUUCGGAAGCUGUUUGUUCAAGAUCUAGCUACUAGAGUGAAAAAGAGUGCCGAGAUUGACUCGGAUGAUACAGGAGGCAGUGCUGCACAAAAACAGAAGAUUUCCUUCCUUGAGAAUAAUCUUGAACAGCUUACAAAGGUUCACAAGCAGCUGGUACGUGAUAAUGCAGAUCUUCGCUGUGAACUUCCUAAACUGGAGAAGCGACUUAGGGCUACAGCUGAAAGAGUUAAAGCUUUGGAGUCUGCACUGAAGGAAGCCAAAGAGAAUGCUUCUCGUGAUCGCAAACGGUAUCAGCAAGAAGUAGAUCGUAUAAAGGAAGCUGUAAGAUCCAAGAACAUGGCCAGAAGAGGACAUUCUGCACAAAUUG